AUGGCUUCAACUCCCAAGAAGUCACUUCACUCUCCUUCAAAAUCCAAGCUCCGAUCACAAUUCUCACCUGUUGCAGCACCCGUUACUCCAAAUUCCUUACCUGCACGUAGAUCUACGCGCUUGAAUUCACUCCUCACCGAUUCUCCCCAAACUCCCAAUCUCGUUGAUGCAUUCAACGAAUCGCAAAAUCAAGACGAAACUCCAAAAAGAGGGAGAAGAAAUGGAUAUUGUACUGAACCUGCUGCAAAAUCUCGUCUUGAUUUUGAUUUCUCUCGCAAAGGCAAAGUUUUAACUCGCAAUAGUACGAGUAAACUAGAGAAUGGAAAAGAUACUAUUCAAUUUUUGAACAAGCGAGAUAAGAAGAGUGAAUCAGAUGCAAUUCCGUUUGCUCUACAAUCGCCGGAUAAACCGAAAUCUGUGAAGAGGAAGAAGGAGAAGGAGGAUGAGAAAACGGUUGAAUUGUCGAAGAAGAGAAAUGGGAAGGAUAAGUCAGUUAAGGUUUUGUUUGCUCCGACAUCGCCCGAACAAUCGGAAACUAAGAAGAGGAAGAGGAAUAAUGAGGUUGAAAAAACGGUUGUUACCAAAGGUAAAGCUGCUGCGAGUAAAGGGGGGAAAAUUGCGAAGGUGCAGUAUUAUAAAAAAGUUGUUUAUGAUGGUGGUGAGUUUGAAGUUGGGGAUGAUGUUUAUGUGAAGAGGAUAGAUGAUGCUACCUCUGACGAGGAAGAUCCUGAAGUAGAGGAGUGUAAGUUGUGUUUUUGCAUUGGAAAUGAAAUCAUGAUCGAAUGCGAUAGUUGUUUGGGUGGGUUUCAUUUGAAAUGCUUGAAGCCGCCUCUGAAGGAUGUUCCUGAAGGGGAUUGGAUCUGUGGGAUCUGUGAGGGUCGUAAGUUGGGUAAAAAUGUUGAUUUCCCAAAGCCUCCUGCGGGUAAGAAGCUAGCUAGGACAAUGCGUCAGAAGCUUCAUUCAAGUGAUUUAUGGGCUGCUCGUAUUGAGAGUAUAUGGAAAGACGUGGACGGCAGCUAUUGGUGUCGGGUACGGUGGUAUAUGAUCCCAGAGGAGACUUCUGUUGGACGACAGCCGCAUAACUUGAGCAGGGAGCUAUAUCGAACCAAUGAUUCUUCAAACAUUGAGAUGGAAUCUGUCCUUAGACAUUGCUAUGUCAUGACCCCUAAGGAGUAUGCCAAAGCUAGCAAUGAGGGAGAUGAUGUUUUCUUGUGCGAAUAUGAGUAUGACAUUCAUUGGCACAGUUUCAAGCGCUUGGCUGAUAUUGAUGAUGAAAGAGAGAAUUCUGAUGAGAGUGACAGUGACGAAGACUGGAACAUCGGCAAGGAAUCAGAUUCUGAUACAGAUGAAGAUGUUGAAUAUGAAGAGGAGAAUCUUAAAUUUGCACAAUCUCAACUACCGACAAGCCAUCAAUUAGCUGCAAAUCUGCACAAGGGACGUUUCUUUGGACUUCAGAAGAUAGGAACAAAAAGAAUUCCAGAGCAUAUAAGGUCUCACAAACAGACUAAUCUUGAAAGAGCAAAGGCUUCACUGUUGUUAGCUUCGCUGCCUAAAUCGUUACCUUGUAGAAAUAAAGAAAUGGACGAGAUAACAACAUUCAUUAAGGGUGCUAUUUCAGACAAUCAAUGUCUGGGACGUUGCCUUUACAUUCAUGGUGUUCCGGGAACUGGCAAGACAAUGAGUGUACUCUCAGUGAUGAGGAGUUUGAGGUCAGAAGUUGAUGCAGGAAACAUCAAACCGUACUGUUUUGUGGAGAUUAAUGGUCUGAAAUUGGCUUCACCAGAGAAUAUUUAUAAGGUCAUAUACGAGGCUUUAAACGGACACAGGGUUGGAUGGAAAGAGGCUCUCCGUUUGCUAAAUGAGAGAUUUGUUGAAGGGAAGAAAAUUGAAGAAGAGGCUGAUCGACCAUGUAUUUUGCUCAUUGAUGAACUUGAUCUUCUUGUAACCAGAAAUCAGUCGGUUCUGUACAAUAUCCUUGACUGGCCUACCAAGCCACAUUCCAAGCUAAUUGUGAUAGGAAUAGCAAAUACAAUGGAUCUUCCAGAGAAGUUACUUCCUCGUAUAUCAAGCCGAAUGGGCAUCCAAAGGCUUUGCUUUGCUCCAUAUAAUUAUCAGCAGCUUCAAGAAAUCAUUUCGAGUCGCCUCAAUGGAAUUGAUAUAUUUGAAAAACAAGCUAUGGAAUUUGCUUCAAGAAAGUUUACUAUCUCGGGAGAUGCACGUCGUGCUUUGGAAAUUUGUAGACGUGCAGCUGAAAUUGCUGAUUAUCGUAUUAAGAAGCUAGCUUCAAAUCCUGAUAAUGUUGCUGCAGGAAAGGGACUUGUUAGCAUGGCAGACGUUGAAGCAGCCAUUCAAGAAAUGUUCCAAGCACCACAUAUUCAAGUGAUGAAAAACUGUUCCAGACUUAGCAAAAUUUUCCUGACAGCUAUGGUGCACGAGCUUUACAAAACAGGAAUGGGGGAAACCACUUUUGAAAAGUUGGCAAUGACGGUUUCAUGUCUCUGUACCAGCAAUGGAGAAGUGUUUCCUGGAUAUGAUAUCCUCCUGCAAGUUGGCUGUAAGCUGGGGGAAUGCAGGGUUAUUUUGUGCGAAGCAGGUGCCAGGCACAGGUUGCAAAAGUUGCAGCUCAAUUUCCCAAGUGAUGAUGUAGCCUUUUCUCUGAGAGACUGCAAAGACCUACCUUGGUUGUCCAAAUAUCUAAUGUAG